AUGAAUCUGUCAUGGAAGACCCUGCACGGGCUCAAAAAAGCACUUCCAGAAAUCACUGUACAAAUUAGCAUGGAAGACAGCAACUUGUCUAUCCCAUCUCUCCAGGAUCUGGAGGAGGUUUUACACUCAGCUCCACGCUCCUGUCGACAUGGAGACGAGGUGUGGCCGAAUGUGUUUCUGGGAGACAUGUUUAUGUCUCAUGACAAGUUUGGGCUCUACCAGCUAGGGAUCACUCAUGUGCUGAAUGCCUCACACGGUAAACUCUGCUGUAAAGGUAGUGAUGAUUUCUAUGGAACCACAGUGAAAUAUUACGGAGUCCCUGCCAACGACCUCCCCACAUUUGACCUCUCGCCAUAUUUCUCGCCCGCGGCCGAGUUCAUUCACCAGGCUUUGACAUCAGGAGGGAAAGUGUUUGUGCACUGUGCUGUGGGUGUGAGUCGUUCAGCUGCAUUGGUCCUAGCCUACCUGAUGAUUCAUCAUCACCUCAGUCUGUUGUCCUCUAUACGUUGUGUGCAGCAGAAGCGCUGGAUUUUUCCCAACAGAGGCUUCCUGCGACAGCUCAUAGGCCUGGACCAAAAACUGCAGGAUGAUGGUUUAAAUGAGCCAGAGUAAGAAAGCCAGAAACAACCCUCUAUUUCCUCUUCCAUUUGCUCCAUUUAUUGCAUGUAUAAACCAAAGUGCUCAGCUUCAUUCACUCCCCUCCCCUGUCCUCU